GGCGGCGGCGGCGGGGACCCAACCCUCGCGGGGAUCCUCGCCCUUGUCGGCCGCGGGGCCCAUGGAGGGCCUGCCCGUGGAAGUGCGGGGCUCCAACGGGGCCUUCUACAAGGGUUUUGUCAAAGAUGUACACGAAGAUUCGGUCACGAUCUCCUUCGAGAACAAACCCCCGAAGCCUGCAAGCAGGCCAGGAGCUUCCUGGAAUUUUCGGAGGACUCUGUCCAGGUGCCCCGAAAUCUGGUCGGAAAGGUAAUCGGCAAGAACGGGAAGGUCAUCCAGGAGAUUGUGGACAAAUCCGGGGUGGUCCGAGUGCGGGUGGAAGGGGACAACGACAAGAAGAACCCCCGGGAGGAGGGCAUGGUGCCCUUCAUCUUCGUGGGGACGCGGGAGAAUAUCAGCAACGCCCAGGCCCUCCUGGAAUACCACCUCUCCUACCUCCAGGAAGUGGAGCAGCUGCGCCUGGAGAGGCUGCAGAUCGACGAGCAGCUGCGCCAGAUCGGCCUGGGCUUCCGGCCCCUCUCCAGCCGCGGGGACAAAGAGCGGGGGGGCUACACCACGGACGAGAGCACCUCCUCCCUGCACAGCACCAGGACUUACGGCGGGAGCUACGGCGGGCGUGGACGCGGGCGCCGGGGACCCAAUUCCGGCUAUGCUACCAAUUCGGAUGCCUCCAACGCCUCUGAGACGGAGUCGGAGAAGAGGGAGGACUACGAUCGGGACCCUCGCCUGGAGGACGGCCGGCGGCGGCCAGGGACGGGGCGAGGCCGGGGUCCUGCUCCAGCCCCUCGCGGGAGCAGCAGCAAGUACAACACCUCCUCCAUCAGCUCAGUCUUGAGAGACCCCGACAGCAACCCGUAUAGCCUGCUGGAGAACACCGAGAACGACCAGAACGCGGACACUGACGGCAGCGAGUCGCAGGCCCUCGGCAACCGACGCCGGCGCUCACGCCGACGCCGCACCGAUGAAGACACCACCGUCAUGGACGGGGCCCUGGAGUCAGACAGCACCUCUGUCAACGAGAACGGCACUGAGGAGGAGUCGAAGCCGCAGAGACGCAACCGAAGCCGACGGCGCCGUAACCGUGGUAACCGCGUGGACAGCUCCAUCAGCCGGGAUCGCCAGCCAG